AUGUUGGGCGACCUGAAGGUUGCAGACUGUAAAUAUCGCGAGGGCAGAGUCCAAAGCUUCCAAGUUAUUCUACGCUUUGCUAGAAUCGAUCGGUGGAUAGAAGGGCUGGCAACAAAAGGAUUCCCUAGGAAACGAGACGACAUUUUAAAUAGCGUUCACAAAUUUUUGACUGAAAAUCCACGGCCUAAUCCCUUUAAAAACAACAGACCCGGUGAGAGUUGGUUCAAGGUUUUCCUAAAAAGACAUCCAGCCCUUGUGCAGCGAACAAGUGAACCAGUAAGUGACGCCAGCGCUUGUGUUUCGGAAGCAGACAUUCGGAAAUGGUUCAAAGAUAUAAAUAGUUAUCUUAUCUCGAAAAAUAUUGUGAUUGAUGACCCUUCAAGAAUUUACAAUGGCGACGAAUCCGGAUUUCAGAUUUGCCCAAAAACUGGCAAAGUUUUUGCUAGGAAAGGCGCGAAGAAUGUUUAUUCUGUGGAAAAGGGAUCAUCUAAGGAAAGCAUCACUGUCAUGUUUUCAUUUUCUGCUUCGGGGUUAACUUGUCCACCUAUGAUAAUUUAUGGUUACAAGCGAAUUCGAGAAAAAAUAAGCCAGACCGUCAAAGACCCUGAUUGGGGCAUUGGAAGAUCGGAUAAUGGCUGGAUGACGGCGGAAACGUUCUAUGAUUAUGUGAAAAACGUAUUUUAUCCAUUCUUUGUGAAAAAUAAUAUACACUUCCCUGUAUUAUUAUUUUUAGAUGAUCACAAGUCUCAUUUAACUUAUGAGUUAAGUAUACUUUGCAAUGAACUAAACAUUGAAGUUAUAGCCUUAUAUCCGAAUGCAACGAGAAUUCUUCAACCAUGUGAUGUUGCAGUAUUCAGGCCCAUAAAAAUGGGAUGGAAAAAGGCCGUACGAGAGUUUUACGAACAAAAUCCUGGAGAAGUUCUAAAUAAAAUAACAUUUGCUCCUCUAUUGGAAAAAGUAGUGGCAAAACAUAUCAAAAAGGAAACUUUAAUUAAUGGAUUUCGUGCUUGUGGUUUAUUCCCUUUUAACCCAGAUGCUGUUGAUUACACGAAGUGCUUGGGAAACAAAAAAGAGCAUCCUGAAGUAAAAAGGAUACCCCCGCGCAUGGAUCAUAGAACAUUUGUCAGUUUGACUGGAGAAAAUUUAAUCAAGAGAUUAAAAUCUUUCGAUAAUCUUUUGAUUGAAGAAGGUAUUACCGAAGAGUUUUUGAGUUUGUACCAAAUAUGGAGUUAUUUUGAAAAGCCAGAUUGCUUGCCAGAAAUGAGAGACGUGCCAAGAUUUGAUAAUCAGGUAUUGAACUCGUCUGAGGCUGAACCUGAGUUAGAUCCAUCUGAGAGCCAACCAUCAACUGCGCCAAAAAAUAAAAUAAAUUUGGAUGCUGAAUUGAAUCCAUCUGAGAAUCAACUUUCAAAAGAACCACAAAUUAAUAUAACACAAAAUAUAGUCACAAAACCUGGCAAAGACACUAUCUAUAGUUUGCCAUCUACUAGUAAAAAUAUAGGUGACUACUUAGUAGUUCCAGAAAAACCAACAAGAAAGAAUAAACGUAAUAUCGAAAGAGUUUCCUUUGCUAUAACAUCAAAAGAGUAUCAAGAGAGUUUUGAAAAAAAACGUGCCUUAAAGUUAGAAUUAGAAAAUAAAAAAUUGGAGAGAAAACGGAAAAGAGAAGAGAGUGUCGCAGCAAAAGCUUUAAAAAAGAGUGCGCAAGGUAAUGACAAAGAUAAUAAUUCAUGUUUUGUAUGCAAAGUUCGUACAAUAAAGAAGCAUUACUUAACAUGUAACAGCUGCAAGAAAAGAAUUCACCAACGAUGUAUUCCGAAAAAACAUAACGAACAUAUUCCUGAAGAAGGUGAUGAGGAUCUAUUCAUGUGUCAUAUGUGUUAUACUGAGGAAAGCGAUGAUGAUGUUAUUUCAGAAAUAGAAGUUGAAGAAGACGGCGAAGCGUAUAACGAAAAAGAAAUCGACUGCAGAAUGAGUAAAAAAUUUAAACAAAAUGAAAGCGAAGAGGAUAUCGAAGCAGAUCAUCAAAAAGAAUCCAACGUCGAAAUCUAUGAGGAGCGUGAAAAAAUAGAAAGCAAUAAAGAUCAAGAACCAAAAGAAAUUGGCAAUAAGAAGAUUAACGAAAUAAAUGCACAGGAACAAAAUUACAAUUUGCCCGUCGAAUCAAAACAAGUAGAAAGUAGGGAAGGUAAUAAAGUGGAUGAGCAAGAUGAAACUAACAGCAAAGUUUAUGGAAACCCGGGAGAAAUAGAAAGUGAAGAAGUAAUUGAAACAGACGAUCAAAUAAAAACUGACAGCAAAAUGUGCAAGGAACCUAAAAUGGGAAGUGAAGAAGAUCUUGAAGAUUGUGGCUACAUGGACGUCGAAGAAUUAUUUCAUAUGUACCAAUCUGAAAUGAAAAAAUUUAAAUAA